AUGGCGCCCAGCAGCUUCUCGGAAGUGGCCAACACAGUUGAGCAGUUCGCCACGAAGGGGUUGAACGAGCGUGGCUGGCGUCUGACUACCGUCGAGUACGACAUUCCUGCCGACCGCCUCACCGUCCACCCGUUCGCCUCGCCGGACGCCGUGGGCGUGCGACUGUCGUACAAGAAGGGCGAGUUCAGAGUGUCCACAGAUGUGGACUCUAAUCCGAAGGCUACGUGGCGCAACUACCUCCCUACAAUCUCGUGGGCCAAGAAUGUGCAGGACAUGCGGCACGCCUUCGUGCUACGCAUGUCGACCACAUCACCCGCCUUCCGCUACGCCCUGUUCCACCCGGACUUCACCUUCACGAGUGGGACACAACUUCUGGACGGCUUCUCCACGCACAUCACCGCAUCGACGCGGCUGUCGCAGCGGAAUCAGGUGGGAGUCAGUGCGGUGUAUGACCCGAGUCGCAGUGGCCUUAAGGACUACACCAUCGCCGCCUCCCGCGUGGGGUGUGCGUCGGUGUUGGGAGGCGAUAUCGUUGCGAAAUACAAUGCCACACACGGCGGGGCCAUUCACACCCGCAUUCCGGUGAACCCGUAUGCAAGUGCGGUGCUCCUGGUGGAGAAAAAGCGUGUCAUCGUGGGCGCCGAGGCCCGCUCCCCGUGCGGCGCGCAGAUGCUGCUGAACGUAAAUCUCGUCGACUCGCGUGCCAUGCUGGGCAUGUCACGUAACAUCAGCGACAUAUGGAAGAUCACCAUGACCUGCUCCGCGCCAGCGCCAGGCAGCGGUAGCACCACGGCGCCAAAGUUCGGCCUGGUAUUCUCCAGCCAGAACGCCUAG